AUGGGACUGCUCGUUAAGCUGGGCCUACGCCGUCCCAUCAUUUGGGAGAGUCCGACAAUACUGGAUUGGCUCCUGGAGGCACCUCUUCAGGGGCUUAUAUUCUAUAUGUACCACAUAAUCUUAUGGCUACGCAGUAACCGAACUAAGCCGCCACGGGGAAAGCAUCCCAUCAAGAUUGUAUGCUUAUCGGAUACGCACGAGUCUAUCGUUCAAAACGUUCCUAAUGGCGACUUAUUAAUCCACUGUGGUGACCUGGUGAAUGACGGUAAAGCCGCCUCCAUUCAAAAACAGAUCGACUGGCUGGCUUCUUUACCGCACCAACACAAGAUUGUUAUCUGUGGUAAUCACGAUAGUUGGUUCGAUAUCAACUCUAGGACGGAGGAAGACAAGCUGAAUGGUAAUUCUGUCGAUAUGAGAACGAUCCAUUAUCUUGAGCAUAGAUCUAUCACCCUUGACUUUCAGGAUGGACGGAAAUUGAAUAUCUAUGGUGCCCCUGACAUCCCUGAGUGCGGUGGGCCUGAUAAUGCUUACUAUUACAGGUUCCAAUACACAUCAUACCAAAACCCGUGGGAAGACGCCGUACCUAUAGAUACAGAUAUUCUUGUAACGCAUACUCCGCCAAAACAUCAUCUGGAUCUAUCCCUCGGUUGUCCUCAUCUACUUCGAGAGAUAUGGAGGAAGAAGCCCAAAGUGCAUAUGUUUGGCCAUGUCCACUGUGGCCGAGGGUUCCAGCACGUGUUCUGGGAUGAGUGUCAAAAGCAGUAUGAGAGAGCCAUGUCUCGUCCGAAGCCAGGGUUGUUUUACAACGUACUUGACUACCGAGCCUGGCUGGAUGUAUACAGCGUGCUAUAUUACGGCGUCAUCAGCAUUUUAUGGCACUGGCUAUUCCUCGGCGGAGUCGCAAAUCGGAGCAUUCUGAUCAAUGCUGGCAUGCAGAAUGGGACUUCAGGGAAAUUGACCAAAAAGUCCCCUAUAACGAUCACAAUUUGA